UUUCUCCUUCGUCUCCGAAUAUGAAACCCUCUCUCACUCUCUACACCCUCCUUGCUCUCCUUCUAGCUGCCGGAAAAUCUGUUUCCGGCUCGGUUGGUGAUAUAGUCACCAAUAAUUUCUUCAAUGGGAUUGCUAAUCAGGCGGCCGCAGGCUGCGCCGGAAAGGGAUUCUACACACGCGCCGCCCUCCUCCAAGCAGUUCAGUCCUACCCGAAAUUCGGCACCACCGGCUCCACCGACGAUUUUAAGCGGGAGAUCGCCGCGUUCUUCGCUCAUAUCACCCAUGAAACUGGACAUCUAUGCUACACAAGAGAGAUAAAUCAAGCUAACCGCUAUUGCGAUAGCAACAAUAGGCAAUGGCCAUGUGCACCGGGCCAGAGCUACUUCGGCCGAGGCCCAAUACAACUCUCAUGGAACUACAACUAUGGCCCAGCCGGCCGAGCUAUAGGCUUUGAUGGAUUGAACAAUCCUGAUAUCGUGGCCAGAGAUUCUGUUAUCUCGUUCAAGACCGCAUUGUGGUUCUGGAUGAAUAAUGUGCAUGCGAUUAUCACAUCGGGUCAGGGUUUUGGAGCAACGAUUAGGGCUAUUAACAGCAUCGAAUGCAACGGUGCGAAUCCGGCCACUGUGACUGCUCGUGUUAAUUAUUACACAAGCUAUUGUAGCCAACUCGGAGUUAAUCCCGGGGGUAAUCUUCGUUGUUAGAAAAGCUUAUUCUAAUAAUCAAGUGUGGCCUCUUGUGUGAGCUAAUAACAGGCCUCCUGGAAUAAAUGUAAUUUGAUAUAUGUGAGUGAUAAUUAAUGGUGUGUUUGAACUAAA